AUGGCAGUCUUGUCUCUGCCAUUGAACUUCAACAAUUCGUUCUGGACGCACGACUACCGCCGUGGUCUCGAAGUCUUGUACAACAAACUUGAGCAGGGAGUCGCAGAAAAUGAGGAGAUUGUAACGUUUAUUAGGUCGCGCGCCAUUGCCGAGGGCGCGCUGGCCACGUCUCUCACUGUGCCUAUGCCUACCGGCGCCCCAGGAAGUGGCUUCGGAGCCGACGACGGGGCAUCUCUUCUCCACACCUUCAUUGGCCUCCAGGCGGAAUCCGUAGCACAAGGAAAGGCCCAUCAAGUCGUGUCCAAAGAACUUCACACUUUAGUCGCGGAUCCCUUCGACGUGUGGGCGCGUGGUUAUCAGGAGAGAGUGAAGCAAAGUCGCGCGGCCGUUGUUGAAGGCUGGCUGCGUUCUUAUGAACACGCUCAAGCAGACGUGGCGAAGCUGAAGCAACAAUACCUGGCAAAGACUAGGCGCGCAGACGAAGCGGAAGACGAUGCAAAGUUUGCGCCAAACAGCGGAGGAGUGGAUAACUACACAAGUUCCCCUCGGCUUCGUGCUGUUGACGGUCGCGCUCCGCCGCAAAGAACCGCGAGCGUAUCGGAACGUAUUGCCUUGCGCUUGAAGGAGUUGCAGAAGAAGGCCAUGUCCGUUGCUGCUGAGGACCCAAACCACACGCCCCAGGAGAACGCUGAGGAACCGGUGGUCCCCAAGAUUGACAAGGGUAAAGGUAAAGCAACCGACGAUGCCCCAGGAUCCCCUCCAAUACUUGCCUCUCCUCCCCCCAUGUCCCCUUUGCCCGAGAAGCAUCUGGACUUGCCCCCUGCCUCCCCUAUCGGUGCACCAAAUCCAUCCCCCAUCCUACUAGCGGGUCUAGCUUUUACACCAGCAUCUCUUUCAAAGCUACUUCUACGUGCCUCUCACGAGAUGCACUUGCGACCAGUCCGGUUCCCGCUACUUGGUGAAUACCAGGAUUGUUUCACCGGCGAGGAAAUAGCUGCAUGGUUGAACGAACACGUCCCUGGAUUCGGUGGUGACUUGGAUCGAGCUGAGGAUGCUGCCAGAGAUCUUACCGAGCGGGAGGGUCUGCUGCGUAGAAUCGGGGAGCUAGGCAACCAGUUUGAGCUGUCUGACGAGGCGUUCUACCAAUUCCGUCCCAAGGCCUUCGACCUUGAAGGCAAAAAUGCAGACGCAAACCCACCAGCAGCCCCAGCCAAGCCCUUCGACAUCAUGAAGCGUACGGGUAACUUCGCAAACCUCGUAUCCAAGGCUCUAAACGCAAAUCCCAACGGAGAGCCUGCCUACGUGCGGGCGCGCCGCGAAGCAGAAGAAGCCGACAAGGCGUACCGCAUCGGUGUACGCAGAUUAGACAGGCAACGCCUGGGACUCGAAGAUAAGAUCGAGGAGAACCUGAAGACUCUUCAGCGAUGGGAAAGCGAGAGGUUAAGUGCUGUCAAGACAGUGCUCCUCCAGUACCACGCCACUCUGGCUAACCUGCCCAAGUCACUUGAGCCCUCUCUAGAGCGUUCGUCUACGUGCAUCUCGGCGUACCAGCCUGAGAACGAUUUGACUGCGCUCAUUGAACGUUACCGCACGGGCCCCUUCCGACCUCACGCGCAUGUCUACGAGUCUGUUGCUCAUGAUGACUCUGACGUUGUCUUUGGUAUUGACCUCAGGAAGUGGGCUGAAGGCAGCUGGACUGCCAUGACCACUGGUGAAGAGAAAAAGGAGCUGGUCCCCCGUGUGUUGACCACAUUAUUGAACGCUCUCAAAGCUUCUUACCAGAAACUCGAAAACGAUGAUGAGAAGCGCAAGUCCUGGAUCUACGAAGUCCCGUUGCCCGCUGCACAUCAUCUUCGUGAAGCUUUGAACGGACUUGAUGCGGAGCAGGCCAUUCCUGCUAACUUCUUCGACCAGUAUGAUGCGGCAGUCAUCGCUAGUACCCUGAAGCUAUGGAUCCUUGAACUCGAUCCGCCUGUCGCCCUCUGGGAAGGCUGGGAUGAUAUUCGCAAGCUCUAUCCGACUGUUGGCCAUACUGAAACAGAGAAAGGCAAAACGGACGAACAGCGGAUACAGGACAUUAGUGCUGCUUUGCAAAAGCUUCCCCGAGUUCAUCUUUAUGUUCUUGAUGCUGUUGUCAGCCAUCUCAAGGAGCUCAUGGCUUCCACGAAGGUUGAAGAGGCCGAUGAGGUAUACAUCACCAAGUUGGCUCUGUCUGUGGGACGCACUAUCGUCAGACCUAAAGUCGAAACCGAGCUGUCGAUUCAAGACAGGCACCCUACUCUCAUGUUCAUCGACCUUCUCAAGCAUUACGACGCCAUUCUUCCUCCCACCAUUGCUCGCAAGAAGCGCGAAUCUGAACGCAAAGUGCCUAUCAGGAAGCGAACCGCUCCCAUCGACAUGCGGUUGAGCCGCAGCCGUAUUUCGGUAGGAGCGGACGCAAAACAACUUCUUGCUGCCCAGCAACAAGCGCAGAACCCCUCCCUUGUUCGAGCGAAGUCUCCCCCACUUCCGCCACAGACGCUCCCCUCCAUGGAGACUGCCCUUACUUCGCCGCCUCCGCCUCCCCCCGUCGAAAAGCCUGUUGUUCAAGCGCCACCGCCACCUCCUCCCGUUGCUGAGCCUGCUUUGGUAGCCCCGCCACCACCUCCACCCAUUGUCUCUCAGCCAGCCGUUCCUUCGCCACCGCCUACGAUUCCCUCUCCCCCGGUCAAGACACCAGAGGAUCCACCUCGGCCAGCUUUCAAGGAACCCCCUCCCGAAAUUGACGAUUUGCCUCCACGACCGAGCUUCAAGGAACCGCCCCCAGAAAUUGAUGAUUUGCCUCCACGGCCAACGUUCACGGAACCACCAGUUGAGGAACCCACAAGUUUCACACCCCCUGGUCCUCCACCACCAAUCACUAACGUCACGCCGCCAACACCACAAAGCAACAAUUUGAAGCGUGUUAGUGCAACUUACCGAUCGAACAGCCCCUCUCCAACCAAGAUAGCCUCGCGUAGCCCUUCCCCUCCUGGUGAAGAUCGUCGUUCCUCUUUGUCGCGUUCUUCCUCUGGUCAAUCAGCGGCGAUUCGCGGUCCCAGAGGUGCUCGUGGUCCCCGUGCCCCUGGCAGUGUGACCAGCAUUGUACAAAAUUUGAACAGAAGUAGUGUGAGCGGAUCUCCGCCUGGCACUUCACAUACGUCCCCCGAUCCAAGAAGGCUCUCUGGAUCCCCAGCACGUCGCUCUAGUGUCCUGAACAGGACAUCUGCCUUUUCAAGGAGAACGAUGGCUAGCGACGCCGAGGACGACAUCGUGGAUAAGAAGUAG